CCGCCGGAGCCUUUGCCAGGGGAUGAGGUGGGAGGCGCUAGAAACCACUUAGCUACAGCCAACCGCUCAAUGCAGCACUCGCGAGCUCCCCCCGCCAGCGGAAGCGUCCGCGGAGCACAAUGCAGCACUGAGGCAGCGCCGCGGUGGAGGCUGCAGCGCCACGGCCGCUGCAGCAUCGGCCGGGGCUGGGAGGGGGCGGCCCAGGCGAGCCGGGGGACUCUGCGCGAGGGAGCCGGACCAGCUGCCCGGGCAUGAGCAGCUGAGUGUCUCCAGCGAGGCGGGCUGACGGCAGCACCAUGCAGGCGGCAGCGGCUGCGUCGGUGCCCUUCUUGCUGCUCUGCGCCCUGGGGACCUGCCCCCCGGCGCGCUGCGGCCGGGCAGGAGACGCCUCGUUGACGGAGCUAGAGAGGAGGAACGAAAACCGCUUCCUGGAGCGCCAGAGCAUCGUGCCACUCAGGCUCAUCUACCGCUCCGGCGGCGAAGACGAAACGGGGCAUGACGCGCUCGACACGCGGGUGCGAGGCGACCCCGGCGGCGGACAGUUGACUCAUGUUGAUCAGGCAAGCUUCCAGGUUGAUGCCUUUGGAACAUCGUUUAUUCUCGAUGUCGUGCUAAACCAUGAUUUGCUGUCCUCUGAAUAUGUAGAGAGACACAUUGAACAUGGAGGGAAGACUGUGGAAGUUAAAGGAGGAGAACACUGUUACUACCAGGGCCAGAUCCGAGGAAACCCGGCCUCAUUUGUUGCAUUGUCAACAUGCCAUGGACUUCAUGGGAUGUUCUACGAUGGGAACCAUACGUAUCUCAUUGAGCCAGAAGAAAAUGAUACCUUCCAAGAGGAUUUCCAUUUUCAUUUGGUUUAUAAAUCCAGACUGUUUGAAUUUCCAUUGGAUGAUCUUCCAUCUGAAUUCCAACAAGUAAACAUCACUCCACCAAAAUUUAUUUUGAAGCCAAAACCAAAAAGGAGUAAACGACAGCUUCAUCGGCAUCCUCGGAACGUAGAGGAAGAAACCAAAUAUAUUGAACUAAUGAUUGUAAACGAUCAUCUCAUGUUCAAAAAACAUCGGCUUUCAGUUGUACAUACCAAUACGUAUGCGAAAUCUGUGGUGAACAUGGCAGAUUUAAUAUAUAAAGACCAACUUAAGACAAGGAUAGUAUUGGUUGCCAUGGAAACCUGGGCAGCUGACAACAAGUUUGCCAUAUCUGAAAAUCCACUGAUCACCCUACGUGAGUUUAUGAAAUACAGGAGAGAUUUUAUCAAAGAGAAAAGUGAUGCAGUUCACCUUUUUUCGGGAAGUCAAUUUGAGAGUAGCCGGAGCGGGGCAGCUUAUAUUGGUGGGAUUUGCUCGUUGCUGAAAGGAGGAGGCGUGAAUGAAUUUGGGAAAACUGAUUUAAUGGCAGUUACACUUGCCCAGUCAUUAGCCCAUAAUAUUGGUAUUAUCUCAGACAAAAGAAAGCUAGCAAGUGGUGAGUGUAAAUGUGAGGACACGUGGUCUGGAUGCAUAAUGGGAGACACUGGCUAUUAUCUUCCCAAGAAGUUCACCCAGUGUAACAUUGAAGAGUAUCAUGACUUCCUAAAUAGUGGAGGUGGCGCCUGCCUUUUCAACAAACCUUCUAAGCUUCUUGAUCCCCCUGAGUGUGGCAACGGCUUCAUUGAAACUGGAGAGGAGUGUGACUGUGGGACCCCGGCAGAAUGUGUCCUUGAAGGAGCAGAGUGUUGUAAGAAAUGCACCUUGACUCAAGACUCUCAAUGCAGUGAUGGUCUUUGUUGUAAAAAGUGCAAGUUUCAGCCUAUGGGGACUGUGUGCCGAGAAGCAGUAAAUGAUUGUGAUAUUCAUGAAACGUGCUCAGGAAAUUCGAGCCAGUGUGCCCCCAAUAUUCAUAAAAUGGAUGGAUAUUCAUGUGACGGUGUUCAGGGAAUUUGCUUUGGAGGAAGAUGUAAAACCAGGGAUAGACAAUGCAAAUACAUCUGGGGGCAAAAGGUGAUGGCAUCAGACAAAUACUGCUAUGAGAAACUGAAUAUCGAAGGGACCGAGAAGGGAAACUGUGGGAAAGACAAAGACACAUGGAUACAGUGCAACAAACGGGACGUGCUUUGUGGUUACCUUUUAUGUACCAAUAUUGGUAACAUCCCAAGGCUUGGAGAACUUGAUGGUGAAAUCACAUCUACUUUAGUUGUGCAGCAGGGAAGAACUUUAAACUGCAGUGGUGGGCAUGUUAAGCUUGAAGAAGACGUAGAUCUUGGCUAUGUGGAAGAUGGGACACCUUGUGGCCCCCAAAAGAUGUGCUUAGAACACCGGUGUCUUCCUGUGGCUUCUUUCAACUUUAGUACUUGCUUAAGCAAUAAAGAAGGCGCUGUUUGUUCAGGAAAUGGAGUUUGCAGUAAUGAGUUGAAGUGUGUGUGUGAUAGAUACUGGACCGGUGCAGACUGCAGCACUUACUCCCCCCACAGCGAUGAUGCAAAGAAUGGUAUAACUCUGGCUGGCAAUGGUGUUGCUGGUACCAAUAUCAUAAUAGGCAUAAUUGCUGGCACCAUUUUAGUGCUGGCCCUCAUAUUAGGAAUAACUGCAUGGGGUUAUAAAAACUAUCGUGAACAGAGACAGUUACCCCAGGGAGAUUAUGUAAAAAAGCCUGGAGAUGGUGACUCUUUUUAUAGCGACAUUCCUCCUGGAGUCAGCACAAACUCAGCAUCUAGUUCUAAGAAGAGGUCUGCUUUUCUGUCGCAUUUUCAGAUUUCUACCUGUUCCAUCACACAUUAUUCCAUUAGUCAGAACAUUUCAUUAUUUUGCAGCAGGUCAAAUGGACUCUCUCAUUCUUGGAGUGAAAGGAUCCCAGACACAAAACAUAUUUCAGAUAUCUGUGAAAACGGGCGACCUCGAAGUAACUCUUGGCAAGGUAACCUGGGAGGCAACAGAAAGAAAAUCAGAGGCAAAAGAUUUAGACCUCGGUCUAAUUCAACUGAGCUUCUCCGCAACUGUGCCCAUACCAAUAUUCACUGAUAGUGGGGGUCUCACCCUCACUGCAGGCUUUUUCCUCCAGUAACCUGCCAUUGUGGUGUCUUGGUUCCGUUUCAAGGAAAUUAUGAUAACAUCCCUUUCUUCUCAUCACCCGGGGUCCAGCCAUUUCAGAGGGGUCACCCUUCCUUUCCCCAAUGCUGACACAGCCUAGAAGCAUCAGGGGGAAAUUCCCACUGUACCGGAGCAGGAUACUGCUCACAGUGGAAACCACUGCUCAGGGGACGUCAUGGCUGCACUCUAAGCAUUCUCUCAGACUAAUGGAAUUAGUUUCCCUUUUGAAUCUUCCUUCUGAGGACAUUUUUAAAAGGGCAUUUACUUAAACUUGCUCUUUCAUGGAAUCAUUGUCACUAAAUGCAACACUAUUUGUUUUGGAUAAUAGCCACACGUUUUGUUUUUCUUUAACUGGGGAUUUAAGUCCUUUAUAAUAAGGUAAACACCGUGCACUUUAUAAAAAAAUUUGUUUUUCCAUUUAGUAAAGUAUAAGCGAAACCAAGCUUCCUCAGACCUUUAUCUCCCAUCACGGAAUAAAACAUAUCCUUUGCGAUCCUUCUGGACCUUGCCACCUGGUUUAAAAUAACCAUACUUUUUUAACCCACUUAAUUUUUUUGUUUGUUUGUUUGUUUUUUACUGAUGUCUCACUAGUGCUAGCUAUUAUUCCCAGGAUCUCUAUUGCUUCUUUAUGCCUUAAUACUUAAGAAAUCAGAAUAGCAGAUAUUUGUUAACUGCUUGUCAGAGACUUAUGUUAGCUUUUCCAUCAUAUACCCUGCCUUUUUUCAGUCCAGGACAAUAACAUUGCCCUGAAAUUUGGACCUUCCUGCUGAUGGUAUUGUCUUGUAAGUGGCUGGUCAAAGUUUAUUAGAGGGUAUUUUACCGUAGAAACAAUAGAUAGGUUCAGGUGAUACCAUUGCAUGGUCCAGAAUGGCAUCAUAGGACUCCAUCAUGAAUAACUAAUCUGUUAGAGUUUAUCUUGUACAUUCCCAAAGCACUUGGAUGCUUUAGGACUCACUGUGGAUAAACUCUUCUUGGAAUGUUGUUUGAUUUGUUUUGCAUGAGGUCACCUGGUGAGAGCUCCUUAAGCUUAUCUCGGUUGCUCACAAGAGUACAGAUAAAACUGCAAAAUGUUCUUCAGAACUUCCUUUGUGUACUGUUUAGUAUUCUAACAGUAUUUCCUAUAACAAGCAAGGCUUUGAAAACCCCUAACUGAAGGGGGAAAAAAAAAGAUCCAACAUUAUAUUAAAGCUAUGAGUUUAGGACCCAAAGAAUACUUGGUGUUUAGCAAAGCUCAUAACAAUAUUUACUAGAGUAACCAUUUAUUUUUAAAAUAUUUUCUGUAAAAUUCCCACUUAUGUGUUCAAUAUUGUCAUACUACAAAUAGCCCUUGAGAAAUCUUGCCUGUGAGAUAACUACGUUAUAUAUUUAUAAUAUUUAGCAAGCUAUCAUAAGUGAAUCAUCUUUGUGAAGAAGAAAUAUUAACGACUUCCUCAGAUUUUUCAGACUUUUCAGAUUUCACAUUUUACACGACUCAUGUUACCUAAAUGGAGCGAAAUCUGUGAAGCUGAACACCGUCUCACAUUCUUAUACACUUUAUUGUACAGGCACACUAUAUAUAUAUUUUUUUUUUCUUAAAAGGAAUACUAAUACACAGGAUAUCAAGAAUUAUGUUAAUAGAGUUUUUUUUAUAGAUUCCAUAUUUGCUAAUCCCCUUUGCUUCUAAUAUAACAACAUCAACUGUGUGACUUUGUGAGGAGCAGAAUGACCAUGGAAAAACAUAUCUUUUUUGUUUUUUAGAUUAAGAGGUAUUACCAGGUCCAUUAUUUCAACAUUCCUUUUAGUAUCUCAUCAUCCCAGAGGAUGAUGAAACAUUGGGACAUGAAUUAAAAAAUGCACCACAAAUGCAUACUCUGCUAAUUAACAACAUAAAAUGUCCUUGUUUAAUGUAUUGUUUUUCCACUCAAAGCCUUUGCAUCUUCCUCACUGUUGUACA